AGAAGGUGAGAAAACCUCGUGACGAUUUUAUCCAUUACCUUGCUUUCACCGUUUUGUUUUGUGUUUCUAAACGUGCCAUGUUGGUGGUUGCAUUUCUUGCAUAAUAUACAUUAUUUCAAUAUCCUAUGCGCGUGAUUUAAGUGAAUAUGACGAAGAAUAAACUUGCCAAUCGUCCAGCGAAACCCGAUGCCAAAGCAGCCGCCAGUGUCGCUGUUCCGGCAGCGACACUGGCGGAUGGGCGACGAGCUGCGGAUGAAUAUCGUCCGCAAUAUGAUGCGGCAGUAUCAGCGAACGGGCUUCGUCUGGGAGCAGUAUGUGGACGGUGAAGGGAAGGGAUCGCAUCCGUUUACGGGAUGGUCCAGUCUUGUCGUUCUGCUGAUGUCGGAUUUUUAGUUUUGGUUUUACAAAAGCCUCGGCUCAAUAUUUUGUUUUUUUAAUCUGUAUACCAUCCCGGUCUGAACUGGGAACUGCCAUACAGUUACCGGUGUUGUUUUUAUCAGCCAGAAAGCCCUGCUUUCUUUUUUUACAGAUGCCGUUUAGUUUUUACGGAACACAUCUUUGGGAAGAGUGAUCUCCGCAAACCGCGAUGAUGUCUGUUUCAAUCGUGUGUCACUUUAUUAAACUUUAUUUCUUAUUAUUUAGUACAUCCCUUUAGUAACCUAUACGAUUGCACUUAAUCGAGUGCUGUACUCUUAAGCGCUGUUUUAGUUCUGCUGAUUCAGUAUUUCCGCACACACACGCACAGUUGGCUGAUGUGGUUCUGAAACGAGUUGAGAAAAGGAACUUUAGAGUUAACCGCAUUUUUGAACGUAACUGCACGAGUUUGCAAUCGCUUCCACUCCAUUCCGUCGCUUAUCGUCCUGGUCGCCGUGGUCGGUUACAAACUUAUGACUGAUGCAUUCUUUUGCGGCUAAUCUGGCUACGGAAUGUAGGAAGUACUUUACAGAUGUUGGACUGAUUUCAUUUUAUUAAGUAGGAGGCUGGCUGUGCGAGUAUUAAUAAUUUUCUCGCCUUCUUGACAUUAAGUAUUUUGAGGAAAUCAUGCUGUCGAGACGUCGAGUGCUGGCCGGGCGAAAUUUUAGAAGGACAGUUGAAAACCGCUUCCUGGAUAGACCGAGAUCAGCGUCGACGAUGUGUCGAUGUUAUCUGACCUUUGAACAUUGCUGCGUGAAGACCCUUUCUGUUCCAGACAUGGAGAUUCGGCAUUUCCGCAUCCGCUUUUACGUCGCGCCGUUUUUUUGAUCCCUGGUCCUUCCGUUGACUUCUUGUUCAAAGGUCCCUGAUCACCAAACUUCCACAAGGUUCCCUGGUUUGCAAUCGCGUCAUUGUACAAAAUAUCUCAGUCCGUCGUAAUUUGUGCGCAGUAUUGGUGGAUUCAGCCUUAGGUGCUGCUUUCUGCUAGGUUGCAUCCUGAUUCUGGUUUUCUGGGUUCCUACACAUUCUUCUGGAGGCUGUGCUUAUUUGAGGUCGCAUUUCCUUUACAGUGUGCAACUGCUUUUUGACUGGAACAAAUAAAAAUGGGAACAUGAAGGGGGAUGCUGAAAGAUUAUCUGAAGAUUAUUCAUUAGUAUCCGAACUGAAUUCGUUAGCAGAUUUUUGAUCUGCCAAUGUCUUUCAAGUUCAUUUGACAGGCCAAAGAAAUCCUUUCCAAAGAAGGGAAUGUUCAGGAUGUCAAAUGUCCAGUCACAGUAUGCGGAGAUGUUCACGGCCAGUUCCAUGACAUGAUGGAGCUUUUCCGGAUUGGCGGCAAAUCUCCCGACACAAAUUAUCUUUUCAUGGGUGACUACGUCGAUCGUGGUUAUUAUUCGGUGGAGACGGUCACCCUUUUAGUUGCUCUAAAGGUCCGAUACAAGGAUCGCAUCACAAUUCUCCGCGGCAAUCACGAGAGUCGACAGAUUACCCAGGUGUAUGGAUUUUAUGAUGAAUGCCUCCGUAAAUACGGAAAUGCAAAUGUGUGGAAGUAUUUCACCGACCUUUUUGACUACUUACCACUGACGGCUCUAGUCGAUAACCAGAUCUUCUGUCUGCACGGAGGCUUAUCUCCCUCCAUUGACACACUGGAUCAUAUUCGCACGCUGGACCGUCUUCAGGAGGUGCCCCACGAGGGACCCAUGUGUGAUUUACUGUGGUCCGAUCCGGAUGAUCGCGGCGGAUGGGGAAUUAGUCCACGCGGUGCCGGUUAUACAUUCGGUCAGGAUAUCUCGGAGACAUUCAAUCAUACCAACGGGUUAACGCUGGUUGCGCGUGCCCACCAGCUGGUUAUGGAGGGCUACAAUUGGUGUCAUGAGCGCCAUGUAGUGACGGUAUUCAGCGCACCCAAUUACUGCUACCGAUGUGGUAAUCAGGCAGCCAUCAUGGAAUUGGAUGAUUGCCUGAAGUACACCUUCCUCCAAUUUGAUCCUGCACCCCGGCGCGGUGAACCUCAUGUUACUCGCCGCACUCCGGACUAUUUCCUGUAACUUCACUUUUAAUUUAUGAGUUAACACAAUAAUGAGAAGACAGACGAGAUAAUUAUUGCAGCAUCUGUGUACAGAUUCGUUGUAGUAAGUUGUACGCAGAGGGUAUUUUUCGGCUUUCUUGCUACCUUUAAUUGUGAACGCUUAAUUGUCAGCGGCGCUUCGUAAGGGUUCGAUAAGGUUUAGUUAGUGGAGUACUUGGUAGCACUCUUUUGUCGCGUUUACUAGAUUUCUCUCAGCACGUGGGGAUUUUUGCGUUUUUUCGCUUGACUUUUUAUUGUGAAAGAUUGGAUUCGGAUGUUUAACAUUGCCGUUUUGUGUCUACAUAAAUUUGAUUAUGGAAGUACAUUUUCCUGCUUGAGGCACGCGCGAUAACACAAAUUUAUUG